AUGAUAUAUACUUUUACACUUGUUUGCCCAUGGUUAGAGCAUCAGAACCCUUUAAAGAUUGAGAUCCCUAUUACACACGGAAAGAAGGCUUCCUCAAGCUAUCAAUCUCCACACAGGCAAGACCAGAAGAUUUGCAUACUUUACGCCCUUCCUUUGAUUCCUUCCCUCUCUAGACUGAGCAUCGAUACUCGAAUCUCCCUAAUCCCUACAACCCCUCCACACUCCCCCCACAUUGGGCGCGGCGCUACUACAACGCGAUCGCUUGUUUUUGUUCGGAUCAACCCAAUAAUCCCAGUUGCAGUCUAA